AUGGCAGGUUUUGUUGGACAAUUGUUUGGGCUCCUUAAUGAUGUCGCAGAACCUAUGCAGACAGCACAGCCACGACGACGGUCUCCGAAUCCUGGUGCUGUUGCUCAUCCUCGUCACUAUGAGGAGGAGCCAAGAGCCUCGUUCAACAACACAGGCACACAAAACAUGAGUGGUCUUAUAAACAACACUGGUUAUACCAAGGGUAAUGGCAAUGGCUCCAUCGUCUUUGGGUUCGUGCGAGGGUUUGCAGACAUGAUGGAUGGAGGUGACAGCAGCAGAGGCAUGAGAAGUCGUCCUCCAUGGAAUCCCAACAUGAACAGUGCUCCAUUUCCUCCUCUUCAACCUCCUGCAGGUGGUCUUCUCAAUGGAAACAAUCAACAGCUGUUCGGGAUUACCAACAACACCGACAUUAAAGUCGAUGGUGAUGGCAAUGGAGCACUCACCCUUGGAAAAUUCAAAUAA